GACAAUGGUUGACUGGACGAUUUCGGAUUUGGAUUUGCAAGACCUCUAGCCCUCUACCAGUCUAGUACUCUACGAUGACAUUUUUUAGAGUUUUUGUUAUAAAGUUUUGGUGCUGUUUUCCUGAUGAAACCAUAUCAUGACGUUAAAUUUCUUGGACUGAUUUCUUUGUCAGUAUAAUGGACAAUGGCAUAUAACUUGAAACAUGAAGAAAGACAGGAUUACAACUUCAUGUCCAACUCAAAAGAAACAAAAUACCCAUUAGUGAAAUCAGAUAGAUUGUAUACUAUUUGGACUUGCUGAAAAAUUAUAAUGGCCACUUGUUCUAACAGUGAAAUAAACAAGGAAGUGCCUGAUGAAUCCACCCCUCAGUCUACCAAUUUGGUACCCACCAUUAAGAACAAGUUGCAGGAAUUAGUUGUCAGCAGAAUGAAAAAUCUCAAUCCACUGAAUGAUUUCAAACUAAAAAAUGUUCCCAGAAUUCAACCUAGUUCAGCUUCUGCUUCAGGUGAAAACUACAGUUCUGACGAGACCAGGAUUUCAGAUAACCAAACUCCACUCAUGAAUCAAAGUCAAUUGCAAGCAAGUGAGCAUUGUGCUUCCCUAAAUGAUUUAGAGAAAGGCUUGAAAAACAUUCCAAGUUCACCUGCAACAAUAAGUGAUCAUAUAGAGAACACAAACAGCCCAGGGCUUCAUUCUACCCAGCCUACAGCUAAUACACCAAGUAGAAGAUUUAAAAGCCUUUUAACCAAUAAAAUCACUCAGACUUGUGUGAACAUGAACAGCACAAAAAUCCAACAGGCCCCUUUUAACAUCAACUGCCUUGGAGAGCGUCAGUCAUCCCAGCCAAUUGUGAACAUAAGCAGUCCUCAGACACAUAAUUCAACCAAUCCUAGUGUGAGCACAGAGAGUCUUAGAGCUCAUCAGCAGACAUCCCUGGUUAGUGUGAAUACAGAUAGCAUUGAGACACAACAUGCCUCUCUGCCUACUUUUAACACCAACAACCUCAGAAUUAAUCAGUCACUUCAGCCUAGUGUGAACAUGAACAACCUUUCACAGCUUAAAUUUCCUUUUGUGAUUUAUCCUGUGAAAAAUUUGUGUCUGGUACAGGUUCCUAAAAAUAUGGUGCUUUCAUCAACAACCAAUGCAAAGAAUGCUGAAAAUUCUAGGAGAGAAGCUCAAACCAAAGCUACCACACUGUCCAACCCAGUUCUUGUCAACAUUAAUGACAAGGUACCAAGUCAAAUGCCUGUUCACCAAAACACAGUGGAUACUAUCUCUAAACCAAGUGCUAUGAACAAAACAACCGUUUGCAAUUCCCAAGUUCUGAACAAUGGUGUAACUGUUUUAAGUGCGGUUAGUCUAAAUCAGCUAAAAAAUAUUCAGAAUAGUUUACUUCCUAAGCAAGCUUUAAAUGCCACUGAAGCCUCCGUGGUACCCAACAGUCAGGAUAUCACCACAAAUUGUUUCAAGAAAAACAUAACAACAACCAGCAGUACACCCUCACAAGGCACAGAGUCUCAGAACAAAACAUUGUCUGGGAACACUUCAAAAACAAAUUUACCAGCAGAUGUAGAGGUUACAGAGCAGAGAUUUUCGGUUAUUCUUCAACCUGUUCAGAAAGGGGAUCCACCACCUGUCCCAAACUUGGAUCCAACAACAGUCCCAAACUUGGAUCCACCAACAGAAAUAAAAACUGAAGUAAAAGUGGAAGAAAGUCCCAUGAUUAUCGAUGAGGUUCAGUCUUCUGGACCAAGAGGAGAACCACAGGUUGAAAGUAGUCAUGUUACGAAAAGUUCAAAAGAAUGUUUCAUAACAGACGAAAUAAUUAUCAAAGAGAAAAGCAUCACCAAAGAUAAAAUGGAAGAAAUGGGCUACAAGUUUUAUAAGUGUGGAAUUUGUCAAGAGACUUUCAGUGACCCUUUAGUCCUUCAGAGGCAUGUUCGACAACACAAAGGACUCCAAAGCGAAUGCAUAAAAUGUGGAUAUUGUGAAAAGAUUUUCUCUUGCAAAAUGAGUGCAUUUGCACAUCUGAAAUUUGUUCAUGGUAUCAGCUGCGAUAAACCUAAAGCUGGAAUGAAAGAGGCUAACUUAGCAACGUAUGAGAGGGAAGAAGAAGUUGUCAAAACUGUACGAGUCGUUCGAACCAAAGUACCUGAAUGCAAGAAGUGUGGUAAACUCUUUUCCAACUUGGAGGCAUUUGCACAGCACAAAGAAAGAAGUAACUGUGUUAAAGUAUCGUUUGUUUGCAUUUUUUGUAAGCAGCCAGUUCGGGAAGAAACAUUUGAAGAAACACAGUUUCCAAAAAACUUGAUGUGUAAUAAGUGUCAAACAUUAUGGGGCAAUCUAAAAUUGAACUCUGAUACGACAGUGGCACAAAAUAAGCAAGGGGAUAGAAAGCUUAAAGAUGCAGUGCACGUAGAUUUCCAGGGUUCAGCUCAAAAACAAGUCCGGAAGAAGGUAAAGGAGUCUUAUUUUUGUGAUAGUUGUCAGAAAUCCUACACGCAAAAAUCUACCUAUGUAAGGCACCUGAAACUGUUGCACAGCACUGUAAAACCAUAUAAAUGUGAUUUGUGUGAAAAGGCCUUUGUUUUCACCUCUUCCCUUUGUGAACACAGAGAUACACAUUUUUCAAAAAUGAGAACAAAAACAUUUGCAUGUGAUAAGUGUCCAAAAACAUUCAAAAAAAGAUAUAUUCUUAAACUACAUCAGCAGACACAUGAGCCUGGGAAGUUUCCUUGUGAUGUGUGUGGGAAGAUCUUGAAAUCCAAAUGGAGACUCAUAGAUCAUAAAAGAUUACAUACUGGAGAAAAGCCAUUUCUCUGUGAGAUUUGUGGGAAGAGAUUUUGCAGUAGGUUUGCCAGAAUUCUGCACAUGAAUACCCAUGAUUCCUCUACCAAGAUUCUGUGUGAGAUUUGUGGUAAACUUCUUGUUAAGUCUUGUUUUCGACAUCAUAUGGUAAGGCACAGAAUCCAUGAUGAUUUGAGUUUGGAAACAAAAUCACAAAUUUCAGACAUACCUUAUGUUUGCGAAUAUUGCGGAAAGGGCUUUUGUGAAAGGUUGCGAUAUGAAAGUCACAAAUUGAGCAAACAUAAACAUAAGACCAAUGGCAGUCAAUCAGAAGAGAACCAUGUAAAAAAGAAAAAUAAUCAUGGUCGACUUAGAUGUAGCACUUGUGAAAAAACUUUCAUCAAUAAAAUGUGUCUUCGAACUCAUGAAGCCCUCCAUCAAGGUCUGAUGAACGUAGCUUGUGAUAAAUGUGGUAAGGUAAUGCAUAAACAUUCUUUGAGGCGCCACAUGUUAAAAAUGCACUCAACUAGUCAUGAGAAAAAUUCUCAUGCUCGACUUAAAUGUAACACUUGUGAAAAAACUUUCAUCAGUCAAUCGAAUCUUCAGAAUCAUGAAGACCUCCAUCGAGGACUGAUGAGGAUAGCUUGUGAUAAAUGCGGUAAGGUAAUGCAUAAACAUUCUUUGAGUCGCCACAUGGUAAAAAUGCACUCGAGUGGUAUUUAACCUUUAUCAUGAAUGUUAAUAAACAGGUUCAUAAUCAUGAUAAUACAUUAGGUUAAUGUGUACAUGGUGUAAGAGGAGUAUUAUUCAAUAGAAUAUAAAAAUAUUCAA